CCACCAUCUUAUUCCAAACAUCCUUAUUAGGGAUCGAUCAAGAUUCCACAAAUGAGCUCUGGACAGAAUGAGGCAAGUGGUAGCUCAACUCCAUCAUCAAAGCUGGGCUCACUUUCCGCAAGUCUGAAUGCUCAUCUUAGCAAACCUGUUGCACCUUCAAUCGCUUCCGAUUCAGCUUCAAUUCAUUCAAUUACACAACAAGGCAUUAGACCACCUAAGAGCACACAGAAUGGCAAAGCAUCACCAAUCGCUGCCGGAUCGGCUUCGCUUGCUACCAAUAGCGAACUUUGGAAAAGUAGUGCAGCAAGAAGGGCGGAAAAAGCAUGGGCGAUUCAAUCGGAAAAGACUUUGCAAUCCGAUGCAAAGUUUAGGAAAUAUACAAUAGCAGUAGAAAAAUGUUUGGCAACAUUCGAUAGCGUUAGCGAAUGGGCAGACUUUAUUUCAUUUUUGGCAAGAUUGCUUAAAACAUUGCAAACAUCAACACAAUUUAAUGCUAUACCAAGGAAAUUAAUCGUUGCAAAGCGUCUAUCACAAUGCUUAAAUCCCGCUUUACCAUCAGGUGUACAUCAAAGAGCUCUCGAGGUUUAUGAACAUAUAUUCACAGUUAUCGGUCCAGAAGGGCUAAGGCGGGAUCUUUCAGUCUGGACACCCGGUUUAUUACCUUUCUUCCAAUUCGCCUCGAUGACAGUCAAGCCAAUCGUUCUGAACAUUAUCGAGCUACAUUAUCUGCCUCUAGGACAAGAUCUCAGACCCAUUGCCAAACCGAUGCAAUUAGCCUUGCUACCAGGUCUGGAAGAGGAAACAAGUGAACACUUUGAGCGGGUAUUGAAGUUGCUCGACAAAAUUCGCGACAGUAUAGGUCAGCCAUUCUUCCUACAGAAUCUAUGGAUGAUUCUCAUUAGUGUUCCAGCAGCCCGACUACCAUCGUUACACUAUCUCAGCAGGCGAUUGGACGAUCUUAAUGGCACAGAAGGAUCGGCGAAAGAGGUCACAUCAAUCGUUGGUCCGGAUCUCGGCCUUGCCAUCCGAGCUUUUUCAGCUGCAUUGGAAGAUGAUACUCUUUUGGUACGAAGAGCAAUGUUGGAUCUUCUAGCAGUCAAAUUCAAGCUGGAUUCGAAAACAUUCAAGGAGCUUGUACGUCGGGAUGAUCGUGUUCGGCUAUUCCAGUCAGCAUUGGCUGUCGUAUUACGUCGAGAUAUCAGCUUGAACAGAAGACUGUACGCCUGGCUGUUAGGACCUUCGGAGGAUAUCGCGGCUCAGCAGGCUUACUUUGAAGAACAUGCUAUGCAGUACGCACGUCUUGCAUUGCUAUCUGCAUUCAAUGAGGAAAAUGAAGACGAUCGCGAAGGCCAUAAGGCUGAGAACAAGGACCGGCAAAAGCCAUAUCGGAUACUGAUAAGCUUACUCGACAAAUGGAGUCUUGGCUUGCCUAUCACCAACGCAUUGAUCAUUGAUACCUUCAAAGCUCUUCGGAAGCGUUUGCAAUCCCAAGGCGGCGAACAACAGUCAAAAAAGGCUGCCUCCUCCGACGUUUCUACUACAGCAAAGAUGUUGUUUGAAGCGGUGGACCCAUUUGCGCUAUAUAGACAGUUCUAUCUGGCCAUUUGCGAAGAACUCAAGGCGAAGGGGACAGAUGACGUCGAUUCGAUUGCAGACAGAGAUUCAGCAAUCGCAUUACUAAGGUUCAUCUUUACUUCAUUUCGAGUACAUGACGAAGAAAGUAGGGUUGUGCAUCUACCCAUUCUCUUCUCUGCUAUCGUUGAACUGGUUCAAGAAAAUCCUGCAGGACUACAAGCAUCUGCUGGAUUACAACUUGCCAGGGAUAUCUUGACUCUAAUCCCGAAGAGAGUCUUUGGUAAUAGAUUGGCAGAUGCCACCGCUUCAGGCUCCACAUCGACAGUAAAAACCAAAUCUUUCUAUGAACACGGCCUCUUCCUAUAUCAAGCAACAUCAGGAGGCGCUGACGAGGCAGCAAAACGCUAUAUUGGGUUCCAACACCCUUCCACCAUCUCUGCUUUGCUCGAUAUAUGUGCUUCCAUCCCAGGGCGAAGACAAUCAUUGGCCGUUGAUUCUCUAACGAUAUUGUGUCAACUAUUGAACAUUCUGGAUGCAACGUAUGACGCCACUCAAGCACAAGCGUCGAUUACCUGGAAUGGUGCUCUGUGGAUUGAGCAGAUGAAAACACAAUUGCAUAAUGCGAAAUCAUUCAUCGGAAUAGAAGCCUGCAUUGAAGCAUUUGUCGCUGGAAGUCAAUGUCGCGUUCUAAAAGAUAGAAUAUCAAUUGAUCAAACGGAUAUCACAACCGCGAUCGUUGAGAGGCUAUUUGACUUUAUGCAGCCAUCUUGCAAUCCGUAUCACGUACGUAGUGUGGAGCUGUUGUGGACGAUAUUUGAUCUUUCGCCUAGGACACAGAUUGGUGCGAUACUCACCCGAUACCUGAACGGAGGCACCUUUGCAGAGCGUGAAGAUGCAUUAGAGACCUUCAAUACUAUCUGGCGUUACUCAGAUGAUGUGCGGUUAGCCUCUUCAUUGCUAGUUGAUCCUCUCUUGAGCGUUUUGGACGGACUUUUAUCGCCUGAUUGGAAUGAGCGUCAAUUGGCUGAGACAUGGGUACGGAACCAUGCCAGAGCGUUUACAGCUUUACUCGAUCCGCUUCUUCUCAUCAUUUGCGAUACAAGUGAAAAUCGAACGGAGGAGAAAUACACUAUUGACGGACAUGAAAUUCGUUUCUUCAUUUACAAGCGACCAUUGGAUCAUGAAAGGGUACGUUAUGCCUUGUCGAUAUUGUUGCAAUUGGCUUUCCUCGGAGGGCCUGCUUUGGCACGAACUUUGCGUACUGCUCAAGUGCAACGAUCGACCAGCAAAAAGCUUGCCUCGUACGCAAGCUCAGAGCCAGAGAAGACGUAUACACACUUUAUCUUUGAGGUACUAAUCUCCUUAUUGAGAAGUGAUGCGACUGCACAGAGUGCUUAUCAAUCCGCUCACGAAAGCAUUCAUGCUUUAGCGGUAGACAUAAUUGGUGCUCUAUUGGGCAAGGUACACAUAGGCGAAGUGCAAUUAAAAGAGAUUGAAACGGUCUUGCUACAACGACUUUUGCUAGAUAUUCGCGAAGGUAUCUUAUCAGUUCAAGGAAAGCUUUUGCGCACUUUGCAUGGCAUCUUUAUUAGCACACACAGUGCGAAUGGCAGACAAAAUCAGCAAGCUGCUCCCGGUCCACCGACGCUAUUACUCUCCACCCUCAAAGCCGGACUCUCUGCUCCAAAGAAUCAAAUUAUUCUCACAGAAUGGUCUGACUUUGUUUUGGCAAUCUCACCAAUCUUUCGUUCUUCGCUCAAUGGCCUUCUUUUACCACUCAAUCAAGGCUUAUGUGCUCUCAUUAGAUCUAGUGUAGCAGAGCUAGAGCAGGCUUAUGGGGUCGACACUCAAGACGAUGUCACUUGCCUAGCUAAUGAUAACGACUUGAUCACCUUGAUGACUAUGAGCGAACGAGUUCUGUCACAAAGCUUAGAACAGCAGGCAAGCACCGGAGCAAGUGAUACAGGAAAUGCGGGAUCGAUUGCAGAGAAGGGCGAAUUUAGUUUAUUGGGAGCCUUGACCAGUGUAUUCUCGGCUGAUUCAAGCACAGCUGACAGCUUUGGAGCUUCUGCUAAUAAUGCGGUCUGGAAGAGCUUGCACCAAACAGUAAUGACUUUGCAUCUUGCUUGGAUCUCAACGAACGCAAUGCCAACAAAUGAAGAUUCACGUCAUGAUACGAUGGAGAUUAUACGUAAGAACGUUCAAGCGAGAUGCCGCAGAUAUCUUGAAAAGUUGUACAGGAAUCAUUCUGGCGAAGUUGUAGAAGCUUUGAUCGCUUGUUGGAGCUUAGCAACCAGAUCUGGAAACGUAAAAGGCGCAUCUGGAGCAUUUGACAUUCUUACAUUCUUGGCACCAAGCGCUCAGAUUGUGGUGACGUUCCUGUGCGAUGUGAUCUCUACCCGAACUUCAUCAACGGCUUCUGCAGAGAAGCCGGUGUCAGGCAAUGCGCUUAAUCAAAGUGCAAGUUCAAGAAGUAUGAGCAGUCCUGGCCUACCUGAUUCGAUUUUGUUAUCAUUCUUGGAAGCAUACCUUGCAAGACUGGAUAGCGAAGCCACAGUGCAAGUUUGGCCGGUUGUCUCUAUCUUUGUGAAAGAUAUUUUGGGUAACACAACACAGCACAAAGCACAGAUUUUCCCUACAUUACGUUGCUUGACUAUCAUUGGUGAGAAAGUCUUGGACGAGAGAAAUGUGAACAGCAAGGCACCCACUGCGAUUGCUGGAGGUGUUGGCGGUGAUGACCGACGUCUGCGCCGUGAUCUGAUCGAUCUGUAUUCGCGUAUCUGUGAUCUCAACAUUCUUAUCGGUGGACGCAGCUUUGAGCAGACCACUUGGAUUGGCAGAAGGACAGUCACUUCAGAUCCAGAUCAAGAUGAUGCUUCAGCCCAAAGAAGUACCGAUGAAAAGUUAGGCGGAUCGAUUGGCGACUUGGCAAGUUCGAGUACUACAUCUACUGCGGAAGCUGUACAAUCAUACUUGGCUAAAAAGGUAUUGCCAGCAUUGCGUUCCUUUUCGAUUGAUACCGAUAAGCUCGUCGGGUUAUGUACGAAUGUGGUAUACUACAUCAUUUCGCCAUCGCUAAAGAUUCGCAGGAAAACCUUGGACCUCAACCCUACCUUACUUUCCCUGAUUGUCGAAGUGACCAAAUUACCAGGAACAUACAAGGCAUGGAGAGCUCCUAUUGGUGAAUACUUUAACGAUCCACGAUUUUUCGAGACAGAUGUGGAUGUUGGUAUUUCAUUCACGCCAAUCAUUUUUGCAUACAUGACAGGAGAUAAGGAACGAUUCAUUGAAACGAUUGGCCGAGUCUCACCGCCUUCGACAAAUAUCUUUACGAACAGAGAAGCUGAAACACGUAUGCGAGCGUUGAAUAUUCGACGGAUGUCAUAUGUGCUGUACUCAAGUCCCAAAGAUUAUUGGCUAACGCAAUUGCCUCUAAUACAAGAGAAGUUGGUAGAUUUACUGCGCAAUGGUGCAAAUGAUCCAGCGAUCAGUGAAGUGUAUCUCUGUCUUCGUGUAUUGCUGAUCCGAUUCGAGUCGAAACAUCUCAAUAGCUUUUGGCCGGUGGUGAUUACGGAGAUGAUGCGAUUGUUCGAAUCAUGUUUGGAAGAAUUACCUUCUGAUAGAUCUGAUCAAUUGUCGCUGGUGGAAGGAGCUUGUCGUUUCUUGGAUUUAUUGGUCACCUUGCAAACGGACGAAUUCCAAAUUCAUCAAUGGCUCUUCAUCACUGAUACGGUUGAUAUCGUUUAUCCACCAGAUGAUUGGUCGCCUGAGUCUAUUCUGGAUAGGCUGGCGUCAGCCAUCAACGAGAGAAGGAGUGUUACUCAAUCUGGAGGUGGAAAUGGAGCUUCUGCUCGUCGUGCCCAACGUAAAGCUCAAACGACGCCUCGACUGUCGUCUAAGUCUCUAUCAGAACAACAAAAUGUCGCUUCUGGCGUUGAUGGAUUUAUGGUAUCGAAUACGAAGCGAAAGCCAUUAUUAUUGGAUGAAAUUCGAAGAGAUUCAGAAUCGGACGGAGGUGAUCAUUCAGUUCAAACGAUUGAGGAUUUACAAUCAUUCUUUGCAAACAUCAGCUUACACUCUUUUGAGAGUACAUAUGCAAGCGGAGACGCGGUCGAUUGGGAUUUGAUCGAAAAGAUUUUGCAAUGUGCACUCUUUCAACAUGGUGAUGUGUAGGGGUUGGUACUGAAUAUGUAACAAGACUAAACAUGUAGCAGG